AUGGCAAUACCCAGGGGCUCUUGGCAGCCGCGACCACGACAACGAAAGCGCAAUGGGCUAAUUGCGUUUGGGCUCAUGGUUAUCUCCACAUGGUUAUUCUUUUCCCACUCCGGAUCACAGACGCCAUCACAAACAUCAUCACAAGCAGCCAAGCAGCAUGACGAUGAGCAGUACGAUGACAGCACGUUUAUGAAUGGACAGCUCUGGCAAACAUUAUACCCCUUUUUGACAGAUUAUGCACCGCAAUGUGAUCCCCCGCUCCGGCAGGGUAGUGCAGAGUCCGUGAUUUUUGAUCCAUCGAAUGCAAAGUAUCCACCCAAGCUGUUGGAUAUGUCCGGGGAGAGUGUUGGUGCUAUGAGAGAAGCACAUCGCUUGUUUGUCAAGGCUAUUAAGCGCAAUAUCCCGACGUUGCCGUAUCAGCCAGAUACGCGCGGAUUGGUUUCGACGGCGGGUGGAGAAUAUCUACCUGUAUUGGUGGCUUCGCUCAGGAUGCUGCGCAGAACGGGCACAAAGUUACCGAUGGAGGUUUUUCUGGCGCAUUGGAAUGAAUAUGAGGGGUAUAUCUGCGAUGUUAUUCUUCCAUCGCUCAAUGCGCGGUGCGUCGUGCUCUCGGAGAUCCUGGACGUCAUGCCGGGUAGCCAUAGCAUGAUCCAGAAAUUCCAGUACAAACCGCUUGCCAUGCUUUUUUCUUCAUUUGAAAAUAUCCUAUUCCUUGACGCAGAUGCGUUCCCUAUACAUAACCCCGAGAUCAUAUUCAACAACGACCCAUUCACCUCCAAAGGCCUAGUCACCUGGCCCGAUUUCUGGGCCCCAACAACAGCUCAUCAGUUCUACGAAAUUAUCUCCCAAGGCAGACCAGCUCCUAACUUGCGCCAAUCCACCAAAUCCGGUGCAGUACUCAUCUCCCGAAAAACCCACUUCCACACCAUCCUUCUCGCUACUUACUACAACUUCUGGGGUCCGUCAUAUUACUACCCAAUCCUCUCACAGGGAGCUUCUGGGGAAAGCGACAAAGAGACCUUUCUUGCUGCCGCUACAGCACUCAAACAACCAUUCUACCAAGUCCGUCAAUCUAUUCGCGCGCUGGGCCGCCAUACACGUAACGGGUUCGCUGGCUCAACAACGAUCCAAUACAAUCCCAUAGACGAUUAUUUGCUCAUGACGAAGAAAAAGAAAACUGGAGAAACCACAGCUCCCGCCCCAUUCUUCGUUCACGUAAACUACCCCAAAUUCAACCCCACCACUAUCUUCCGGGCCAUCGGCCCCGUUAUGAAGGAAGAUGGGAGCUAUACGCGCGCGUGGACUGCGCCGGAGGAUGUGAUUGAGUCAUUUGGGACAGACCUCGAGAGACAGUACUGGGCUGAGGUCCGCUGGACGGGUUGUAAGCUUGAAGAGAAGUUGAUCGGCUGGAGGGGGCAGACGGGGAUUUGUGGCAGGGUGGAGGAUUAUUAUAAUACUAUUUUUGCUUAG